AUGAAACGUCUUGAAGUUAUCUCUAAAGCUCUUACUGGGCUUGGUCUCACUCCGGAUGAGGUGGGGUGUCCUCGUGGGGUGAGUAGCUCGGCGUUAUCAGAUCUAAUGGAUUGUUUGACGUACGUUCUAUUUCCUGAAUAUACUCACCCACCAAAAAGUUGUACCUCAUCACAUGCUUUUCACGCAGACAGAAACACAAAUCUCGAACACACUAUAUCACACAUGGCAGAUAUUAUGACGGCUCAACUCCAUUGUGCCUUCAUUCUUCAAGGUCAUACAAGACGUAUUAGUGAUGGUACACAACAAAGAAAAAAUUCAGGAGGAGAAGGAGAAGAGCAGUCAAAGAAUAAUUCGGUUCCAAUUGGAAAUAACUCCUUAAGCCCCUCUGAAGGAGAUAAUUUCUCUCGUGGUGCUCAGAAAAAAGCGGAUGAAAUAACAGAGAUAUUCCUGACACAAAAGUUGCAACAUCUUAGAUGGUUAUUGCGUACCGAUGCGGAAGCAAUAUUUCAGAAUGAUGUUGCUGCUACUUCUCUAUCAGAAGUGAUAUUAUGUUAUCCUGGUUUACGCUGCAUGCGAUAUCAGCGAACAGCACAUAUAUUAUACCACUUGGGGGCUCCAAAUAAUUUUACACGUCUUCUUACAGAGAUGGCGCAUUCUACUACUGGUAUUGAUAUUCAUCCUGCCACAUCUAUUGGUCAUCAUUUUUUUAUAGAUCAUGGUACUGGUAUAGUCAUUGGGGCAAGUGCAAUUAUAGGAAACUACGUGUCUAUUUACCAAGGUGUUACUCUGGGCGCAAAGAGUUUUCCUGUAGAUAAAAAGACUGGAGAAAGAAUCCGUUUUCUUGCACGACACCCUAUUAUUGAGGACGGAGUAACUAUUUACGCUAAUGCAGUUGUACUUGGGAGGGUACGAAUCGGAAAAGGAAGUACAAUAGGUGGAAAUUGUUGGGUUGUACAGGAUCUCCCACCAGGCUCUGUUAUCGCACAGAAGCCAAGUCUAAAACUCAGUCGAGUCGAUAUGAUGUUUCACGAAAACGGAUCUGGGAUCUAG